AUGAAGUUUACCACAAUUUUUGAUGGAACCUUCAUUCAUGCUACAGUAGUACCCUAUCUCAAAAAGCCUGUUUACAAAAUUUACUUACUGAUGUAUAAUGAAGUGAGAGAUAACCCACUCAACCGCGCACUGAUGAUGUCUCCGCGUAUGGUGACGAAACGUUUGCAAGCCAAUUGCCAAGCUCGGCGAACAAAUCAACAGCCACCUGAUCAACAACCAGAGAGAUAA